CUCCCCUUUCCUCCCCUCCCCUCCUUCCUCUCCUCCUUCUCCCUUCCCUGCAGCGCACUCACAGCCUGGGACUCGCAUCGCCAGCUCCUAAGCAGACGGUCGAGACCCCUCUUUCCUCCCUUUGCCCCCUUUUGCCUUUUUCUGCCCGUCACCCCAACCCCCGCAGCCAUGAGGCGCCCGACCCGCCGCCUGGCGCUGUCUGUGCUGGGGGUGCUCUGGAUCGCCGCUCUCCUCCUCCUCUUCUUCGGGGCGAGGAGGAAGCCAGAGGCGGAGGGACCCGAGGGCCAAACUCUAGAGGGCUCCGAGGCGGACUGGGACGACCUGUGGGAUCAGUUUGAAGAGCGGAGAUACCUGAGCGCUCGGAAGUGGAAGGGCGGAGAGGACCCGUACCGGCUCCAUGCCUUUAACCAGCGGGAGAGCGAGAGGAUGCCCAGUGACCGUGCCGUCCGUGACACCCGCCACCACAGGUGUACAACUCUGCGCUACCGCCAGGAUCUCCCUCCCACCAGCAUUGUCAUCACCUUCCACAACGAGGCCAGGUCUACUCUGCUGAGGACCAUUCGGAGUGUGAUGAACCGCACCCCAGUGCACCUCAUCCAUGAAAUCAUACUGGUGGACGACUUCAGUGACGAUCCUGAUGACUGCCGCUUGUUGGCCAAGCUACCCAAGGUGAAAUGCCUGCGGAACAGACAGCGUGAAGGUCUGAUCCGGUCCCGCAUUCAAGGGGCAGAUGUGGCUCAAGCAGGAGUCCUGACCUUCCUGGACAGUCACUGUGAGGUGAAUAAGGACUGGCUGCUCCCACUGUUGCAGAGGAUCAAAGAGGACCCCACACGGGUGGUCAGCCCUGUUAUUGACAUCAUCAACUUGGAUACUUUUGCCUAUGUGGCAGCUUCCUCAGAUCUCAGAGGCGGUUUUGACUGGAGCCUGCAUUUCAAAUGGGAGCAGCUUUCCCCAGAGCAGAAAGCCAAACGACUUGAUCCUACCAAACCCAUUAAGACUCCCAUCAUUGCUGGGGGGCUGUUUGUGAUUGAUAAAGCCUGGUUCAACCACCUGGGGAAGUAUGACAACGCCAUGGACAUCUGGGGCGGGGAGAACUUUGAAAUCUCCUUCCGUGUGUGGAUGUGUGGAGGUAGCCUGGAAAUCAUCCCCUGCAGCCGUGUUGGACACGUCUUCCGGAAGAAACAUCCAUAUGUCUUUCCAGAGGGGAACGCCAAUACAUACAUCAAAAACACCAAGCGCACUGCAGAGGUGUGGAUGGAUGAGUUCAAGCAGUACUACUACGCUGCCCGGCCCGCGGCCCAGGGGAGGCCAUAUGGAAACAUUCAGAGCAGAGUGGAGCUGCGGAAGAGGCUGAAAUGCCACAGCUUCAAGUGGUACCUGGAGAACGUUUACCCUGAACUUCGGAUUCCCGAGGAACUGCUGUAUCAGACUGGGAUGAUCAGGCAAAGGCAGAGCUGCUUGGAGUCACACAAGUCUGAAGACCAAGAGCUACCCAUCCUGAGCUUAAAUCCUUGCAUCACCAGCAAAGGCACAGCAGCAACAGCACAGGAGUGGACGUACACAUACAACCACCAAGUCCGUCAGCAGCAGCUGUGCUUGUCUGUGUAUACCCUGUUCCCUGGCUCCCCAGUGCUCCUGUCACCUUGCAAAGAAAGUGACAACAAGCAGCAGCAAUGGGGUAAAGUUGGGUCACACCUUGAGCACAUAGCUUCACGCUUCUGUUUGGACACUGAGACCAUUGGGGACACGAACGAGAGCACCAAAGAACUCGUCAUCAACCCUUGUGAGAGCACAGCCAUGAGUCAGCGCUGGGACAUGGUGAUGUCUUGACCUGCUUGAGAACUUACCCAGCUGUGCUGGGUGCCGAGACUUGCUACACACAGCCGAUAUGCACCAGAUAGAGCUCAAAUGCAAAACCAUUGGGGAGCCUUAUGUAUUAUGGGUCAGGAGAGGAAUCGAUCAAAUAAAAGCACGGUGCUGCAGGUUGAAGAACAGACGUUGAUUGCAAGGCACGUAGGUGUUAUUGGUCUGUUGGAAAUCAUGUGUUCCAAAAGGGAUGGCAAGAAACCAAAAUGACAUGUUUUAGAGGGACACUGGGGCCCCUGGGAUGGGCCCUGCCGAAGUUCAGUGUGUAUAGUAUUUAUUAAUCUCACUGGAAGAACAGAUAGAAGAGCCUUGGAUACCCGAAGGAGACUUGGACUCAGCAACACAAGCAUCUUCAUAGCUUUGGGGAGUAAGGCAAGUGCAUGAGGAGGGAUGCGCCAAGGGCUGCUAAAGUAUGUCACUUGGGAACAAGUGGAAAACGUUGAGUUAUCUUGCACUUUUUAUUGCUGUGAUUGAGUUUGUCUUCUGAUAGAAGUCUGAGUGGAGCUGUGUUGUACAUUCAGAUGUGUAUUUGAUUCACGGAUAUGUAUAGGCACACACAGGACAGUCGUUUGUGGCUACGGCCAGGAGCAAACUGGCAGGUAGCAGAGUUGUCCUAACUUUGUGCUAACUGGGGUGACUGAAUCUCCAAAGUCUAAGCAAACAGAGGGUUCAGUGUAUGAGAUGAAAGUAUACAAACCACUGUGAAGCUGGGAGCAGAAUUAUUCCUGCUCUCUGAAGGCCAUGGGUGAACCUCGGUCAUUGAAACUCCCCUAUAAUCUCACUAUGUAUCUCUCGCUGCUUCAUGUCUGGAAUAAGUCAAAUUUUAAGUCUUCUUCCAUAAAAAUAAUAUUUUUGGUAAUUUAAGGUAAUUGUGUCAUAUUUAUGUUUCCCAAUUUCCUGGCUGCAUUGGAAGGAACUCCUGUGAUGUCCUACUGCCAAAAGAAUGGAGGGGGCAACUAAAACUAGAGAUUGCUCUGAGGAAGAAGGGACAGGUGAAGGAAUUACCUGGUUUUGUUUCUCAGAUAUCUCAUAGCACCAGAUGUAAAGUAGAGAAGAAAGGAUUUAGGGCUCCCACAGUCGUACCUGUGAGCAGAGAGCCCUGGAUCACAAAGUAACUCUCACCCCAGUUCUUUCAACUGAAAUGAUUUGGCAGAGAUUAUUUCCUCGGGUUUUGAUAAAUGAGUGAUUAGAUAAGUUAUUAGCUAGUGGUCUUGUUAAGUGCUGGGGCUGUCAAAGGAGAAAAGUACAGAAGACUUCAGAAGAGGCCUCCCCACUAUGAGAAAACCUGCUGAUCCCUCACAGCAGCAGGAGGUGGGCAGUGAAGCACCAACAGCACACGCAGCCCUUGUGUGGCAACAGCUCUUGGAGAGAAUUUGCAUAGGACUGUCAGCAUCACUUGAGAAAAAUACAGUUUGUGCCCCUAAGAGCUCUUGGGUUUAAUGAAAAUCCUGUCCUUUGGUCCCAUGCUACAAACUCUGGGUAAAAUAUCGCAAGCUUUGAGCCCUCAAGUGCCUUCAGCAUCCCCUCUUGAAUAAUUGCUGGCUUUCAGGAUUUUACUGCCUCAGUUUCUCCUCCCUCAGCACUGGAAAAAAGCCAUAUUGCUUAAAUCUCCCUGGCUUUAAGGGCAGAACCAGCGUAAGUCUUUAUUUACAACGUGUCUCAGGGUAUAAGUGCUUUUUAUGUGCUGCAGUGAUUACUAACCUAAUCAAGCUCCCUUGGUGUGAGCCUCAAGGGCUUCUGUUACGGAAGGGCUGGAGUAAGCUGUCAUUUCACAGCAGUAGAUUGCAUUGUUUCCGUGUCACCAAUUUGCAAAGGAAAGGGGAAACAUUUAAAAUGGAAUGGACUCAUUCCACAAGGGUUCCUACUUAAUUGAACCAGGAAAUAUCACACCUACUUUUCACACUGGUGGUGACAGCCAAGCUGUAAUAAUUCCCCAUCUAGCAGUUGCAAGGAGAAGCACUUCCCAAGAGCUUGCAGCUUAAUGUGUUCACACCUGUGCAGGCCUGCAGCCUGGGUUCGCCAAGCUGCUGAUGCCAAAAUGCUGCUUGCUGCCUUGCAGCUGACCCAGCUUUAGCUGAACUGUAUGGCUUCAAUUUUGAAGUCCAGCACCCUGUGGGUACACCCUGACGCAGAGCUUUGACCUGUCUAGUUUUAUGAUUGUACACAUGGGACAAAAACACCCCUGCUGACAGCCAAAACUGUCUAAACAGGUAAUGCUCCUUUUUGCCUUAGCAGAAACAGCUACUUCACUAGUCUUGCAUGCUUGAACACUCAGACCCAUGCUGCAGGGAUAUGUUCCAGGAAGAAACUAUUUGAACUAUCCCACAUUUUGUGAAACCUGAAUGCUAUACUAAACCCCUUUCAAAUAGUUGAAAGAGUAGAUAAUAAAUAGGGGAAAUGGUUUUGAAUUGAAGGAGGGAAGAUUUAGGUUGGAUAUCAGGGGGAAAUUCUUUACAGAGAGAGUGGUGAGGUGCUGGAACAGGCUGCCCAGAGAAGUUGUGGAUGCCCCGUCCUUGGAGGUGUUCAAGGCCAGGUUGGAUGGGGCCCUGGGCAGCCUGGUCUAGUAUUAGAUGGGCAGGUUGGUGGCCCUGCCUGUGGCAGGGCGGGGUUGGAGAUUAGUGAUCCUUGAGGUUCUUUCCAACCCAAGAUAUUCUAUGAUUCUAUGAGUCUAUGACCCCAUUUAUUCUAAAACUGCAUUAUGGUGAUAAGCUCUAUGUGAUAGUGGAAGGCAAUCAGUGGAGAAGGUGACAUCAGGCACAAUAUCUCCUACCAGUAAGCUUCACUGUUUGGUUAAGACUAGACCCAGGGAGCUGCAGGUGAUCGUCUUACACAUCUGUUGGCCAUAACCUUAAAAUAUAGCAUGUUUUACGCUCUAGGAAAUGAAAUUAGCCCUAUGGAUCAGAGAGGUUUCCAGAGAAGCCCGAAGUAUCACCUGGGAAACUUAAUAUAAGCAGGCAAUGAACUGGCAGGCUCCCAGAUUAGCCAUAAUAUGGCAUUUAGCGAAUCUUCUGCUUAGCAUCCCUAAAAAGAGACCUUGCAUUGUGUCAGGGGAAAGAUUAACUGCUGCUGAAAUCUAACUCACCCUUUUAGUUUAUUUAACUUAUUAAAAAACUUAUUAAAACACACUGGAGACAGAUGAAUGUUUUUGCUUUAUAUUUGUUCACUCCCUAGACAUUUAUUAUCACACCGUGAUGCCUUUUUAUCCCUAAUGUCAUUUGGUGGUAAUGCUUCUGGUAACAUGUUGCAUUUACUUGAACCAAUGUGAGAUAAAGUAGGAAACAUGGUUCUAAUCCUGGAUGUUAGGCUUUGUGAAAUGCUUUAUUCUUUUUUAUUAUCAUAAGCUCUUAUGAGUCACUUCUACCUUGAGGAAAACCCUUGGGAAAAACAGAACAGGAAACUCAGGGCUGGAACUACCACUGCCUUUCUAAGAGCCCAGUGAGGUUAUGCAAACACAACACAAAGCACCAUAGACUUCCCUUCCCAAAGACGAUCCAUGUUCCAGUGGGAUCAAAUCUACAUAAUUGUCGUUGGGCUGGGGGGUCUUACAUAUCCUACCUUUGUUGAUCUGAUUUCCAGAUACUUUGUACUCAUCCUCUCUCCGUGCCAGCAAAGUACCAUAAAAUAACAACAUAAAGCAUUAAUGUCUUAAAACAUAAAGGUGAAAUAAUUCAGUAGUAAAGAGAAGGAAACUGAAUUCAGACGUCUUUGAUCACAUAAUGUGGCAACAGGAAAGUGGGGCCAGUGAAUGAAGACUUGGAGGACUGUGCUUGAAGUCCUGAGCGCUGAACCCUUCCACUGCUUCUUGGAGUGACUUGGAUUCCUUCUCCCACCUCAAUUUCUCAAACUUUUGUGGAAGGCUGAAUAUUUUGAACAGAGAGAUAUCUUUGUAUUAGUUUUUGCUGUGCAUAGCAGUAGCAGUACUGGGCUAGCAAUGGACUGACAGCCCUAUUAUCUUUUUUAUCUGUCUGUACAGAAUCUGGUGGGAGUGAAGUUAAUUUUCAUCAUAGCAGCCUGUACAGUGCUGUGUUGUAGUGACCAAAGCAGUGUCGAUAACAGGCAGCAAUGUUUCCGUGAUUGCUGUGCUUGCACUGCCUCAGGGCAUUCUUGGUCUCACUGCUGUUUCAGGUAGGAGGCUGGGAUGGGCAGGAGGUUGGGUGGGGACACAGCUGGGACUGCCAUAAGCUGACUCAAGGGAUAUCCCCUACCAUAAUGUUACAGACAGCAAUAAGACUGGAAAGAACUGGGAAGACAAAUUUUCCAAAGUAGAAACUGGCUGGGCUUUAUUUCUGCAGGUGUCAAGUGACUGAUCGCCUUUGCAUUACCUGUUUUGUUUUGUUUUUCCCCUUUUCCUUCAAUAAUUAAGCUAUAUUUAUCUUAACUCACACGUUUUUGUCACUUUUGCCCAUCUGAUUCUCUCCUUCCUCAAGGUAAUUGGAGCAAGUGAGAAAUGGGGUGGAGCCCUUGGCUGUACUAGGUGACGCAAGUCUGUAGACUUGUCUCCUUCAUGUGACUCUGACUACAGCUGUGCAGUAGGACCUGUGCUGCUCAAGCUUCACAUCUCAAAAGCUGUAGUUAACAGCUGUGGGCUUGGAUUUUUGUAAGGCAGUAAAGGAAGCAAAAAUCAAGCAGAUUGUAAUCUGCUAAUAAUGAAUAUUUGUGGUAGAAGAAAAUGUAGGUCAUUAAUUUUCAGGCUAAGUUAAUUCAUUCGAAUGGUCAGCCCAGCCCCAGUUGUAGUAUGAUGUGGCUGCUUUAAGUGGCCAAAGAGUUUAAGGAAGCCUGGUAUGAGUGGCCAGCUUACUUUGAGAUGUAAGGGCUCAAAUCCAGUAG